AUGCAGUCAUACGCGGCCUCUUUUCGCAUAAAGCUCUCGUGCGCCAGGUGCAGAGAUCGAAAGCUGAAAUGCGAUCGAGGGGAGCCAGAAUGCAGACGAUGCCAGGCCAGUGGUGUGCAGUGCCUGUAUCCUGAGAAGCGGAAGGCCCGGGGGUCGCGACAGAGGACCGAAAUCCACCGUCUCGACCACCGGCUGGAGGCCUUGGAGGAGCGCCUGAAGAGAGCUUCGCCAUCAACACAGGGCAGUGAGACCGCUCCACCAAAUCUCGAACCGGGGCCGGGCCAUGAUACUUUCUUAUAUAAAAUGGUCAGCGGUGCGAAGGACAGCAUUGAAGGCCUCACAAACCAGAAUCGCUUGGCCUCGAAGCCCCCGUCGCCCUGGGCGCAGUCCACCGUAACUAAUGCAAUCACACGGCUGGACACGGCAUUAGACCAGCUGGCUGCUCCAAGCCCUCGACCAGGCAGAGAUGUGGUAGACAGCCGCAGAGGCCAUCUGCUGCUUGGUGAUGUAAAACGAUACAUGGACACCUUUCUAGAUACGGUCCUACCGCACAUCUCCAUGUUCCACUCAUUCUCGGCGGUCGUUGAUCCAGAGUUCUUGAGAGCAAUGCCCCAUAUAGUCGAUUCCCCAUAUGCUCAGGUUGAUCCCGUAAUGCGAGUGAUAUACUACAGCGCCAUCUACUUCGGCCAGAGUGUCGGGACCGACGGCGAGAAACGACUGGGGACAAGAACCUACUACCUUUGCCUUCAGUCGGUGCCCAAAUGGCUGGAGUCCGCGAAAGGAACGCAGUUGGACGUCCUUGCUGCCUCUGUGGUUGCGUGGCUGGCUAUCAACAACUUUGACUAUCAUCUAGCAUGGCAGUUCCACCGCGAGGCCUGUCGAUUCGGCGAUCUCCUGGGGAUUCACAAUGUAGACCUAAGCCCAGCUUGCUCGCCCGAGGAAGAAACUGCAAAAGAAACCCAGCGUCGACUGCACUGGUUCUUGGCCGAAAUCGAUUUCCUUUUCCGGGUCUGGUACGACAAGCCCAGGGCCCUCCGCUGUCCACCAACUCAAGUCCGCCUGCCUGCUAUCAUCUCACCGGCGACUGUGCAGCCAAAACGUAGUGGCUGCGCGCUCUUCAUCGUGUGGUCGCGGGUGCUCUUCAUCCUUAACGACUACUUCGACACUGUCGAGACCGUCACGCAAGGAGAACUUUCCCGGCAGAUAGAUCACUACUGUAACCAGCUUAUAGAGCUCCAUAAUGAUUGGGAUCUGUUGACGGUGGCCAGGUCAUCCAGGCUAGGCCCGCUCGAAUGCUGGAUGUAUGUUGAGACUAUCAUUGCCUUCCACAGCAUCAUCAUCAUUAUGCGGCGCAAGGUCACGGAAGCAGACCAGGCAACACACCCGCAGGCAGUCCAGUCUGCCAGGGCAAUCAUCAGCAUCGUCCACGAGUGGUCAGGGAAAGAUCUCGCCGAAUAUGGAGGGUGUUUUAAUACGCACUUCAUCUCAUUCUACCCGUUCUGCGCUUUCUUCACGCUCUACUACCAUAUCCUUUCGUCGACCGACCUCGCCGAGUGUGAAAGCGACAUCUGUAGUUUGGAGGCUCUUGUAGGAAUCAUGGCGGAUAUAGCUUCUGUCCGGCCCGACUUCGUCCCAAUUGCGAAUGCUCUGGGGGCAUUAAAUGAUGUCUCACGGGCAGUUCACUCCGGUCAAGCCCCUGCGCAGGGCCUCACGGUGGUCUUUCAGGGGCCGCAGCCGGCAGCGACAGAUCCUGGCUCGUCCAACACUCAUGGGCAAGGUGAUGGCCAAGUUCCUCUCCAGCCCGGCCCUGAUCUCCCCCUUCCACCGUUCGAGUCAAUGCAGAGUUUCUCAGCGGACGUCCCCCUGCAAGCGGAGGCCCAACUUGAUGAUAUAUUCGGCAUUCCCUUUGAGCUUCAACACCAGGUUGCCCUUGACUGGAACGGGCCUGACCCAGCCAGGCCUGGGACCGCGCAGUCGCUGGCGGAACCGGUAGAGUUUGUACGGGCGAUUGAGAGCGAGCUCAUCUGGCGGAACUGGCACGAGAGCUGGUGGAAUUGA